AUGAUGAGGGACAUUUUAAAUGCCCUUCAUUAUUCUAAUGAAGUCAUCCAAAGCUUUGACAAGGAGACCGUUCUAAACCUGUCCGAUAAAGUUUUUAACAUAUUUUUAGACACGAAAACGAAGAACGCCGACAUAACAACAACAUAUCCAAAUAUUUACAACAAAUCCAAAGUCACCAUAGAUGGAACCUGUGCAUAUGUUAAGGACCUGAUCAGGGGAAGGAAUCUCAAAUAUUUAGACGAGCUGGAAACCCUGGAGUAUACCAAAUCGAAGAACGCGAAUAAUUUUUCCAUAUACGUGUACACAAGCAUCCUAUCCCAAUUGAUAGUCAUCUUCUUAAUAUUUUUUUUCCUCUUUAUCGGAUUCUACGUUUUAAUGAAUAUUAGCACUCCGAAAAUAUUCGAAGAUAAACAGUUAAUAAUAAAUAAGGAACACUGA